UUGGUAGUGCCAACAAAUAAGUCACUCAACCCAGGUCCAACGCCUCUUCCUUUCAUCGGCAAUCUUCAUACAAUUCUUUCUCAUGAGCCAGGAUAUGAAGCAUUCGAAAUGUGGCGGAAGCGAUAUGGACCUGUCUAUACGUAUUGGAUGGGUCCGUUCCCAUUCGUCAUGCUUAGCGACUAUCCGACAUUGAAGGAGACGUUCGUCAAGGAUGGUGACGCAUAUAUUGGAAAGUUCCAUUUCAAAGAAACUACACAAGAAUAUCGAGGCAAGAUUGGCUUUGUAAGCGUGUUCAACAUGCUUUUCUAUAGCGUUCACUUCUUUUCUAAUCAUAAUUUUGAUUCCAUCAAGUCGCUUACCCUGCAUAAUUCAGGAGGUGAGUAUGGCGUCGUCGAGACUGAUGGAGAUAUGUGGCGCGAUCAUAGACGAUUUGCUCUGCAUGUGCUAAGGGACCUUGGUCUCAGCAAGGACGGCAUGGAACAAAGGGUACUUGGAGAAGUUGAAGCAAUGACCGAGGAGAUAAAAUCAAAGAAGAAUGAGAAACUUGACAUGCAGGAUAUCAUCGAUGUCGCUGUGGGAUCAGUAAUCAAUCAGCUACUGUUCGGAUAUCGAUUUGAUGAGGACCAUGUGGAAGAGUUUCGUGAGUUGAAGAUGAUGCUCUCCCGUCAAAUGAAGGAAACUGCUCACCCGUCGGCUGUGAUUCUGUUCAUGUUUCCCGGUGCUAAAUAUCUGCCCUAUUUCAAUAGAAUGUGGAAGAAAAUACUUAUGUAUCGCGAUGCUUUUUACGCGUUUUUCGACCGUCAAAUUGAAAUCCACCGGAAGGAAAUCGAAUAUGAUUCGGAACACAGCAAUGACUAUGUCGAGGCCUUCCUGAAGGAGCAAAAACGUCGUGAAGCAGAUGGCGACUACGAGUCAUUCAAGCAUAUUCAACUCCAAAAUAUGUGCCUUGACUUGUGGUUUGCUGGAAUGGAAACGACUUCAAAUACGUUUUCAUGGGCUGUCGUCUACAUCCUCAACCAUCCAGAUGUUCAGGUUGGAAAAACCUUCUGUUUUUCUUCAUAA